CAAUACACACGGCAAAGGAAAUUUAUAUUUUCUCGGAAAGAACCGAUCUGUAGGCUUGGAAACCUCAGGCCAAAUUCUGACAGAAAAUACUAAGAAUCACAAUAAUUGUCUCCAGCAAAUGUUGCCCAUUUUUCAAAAACUCAAAUCCUAUGUUCUUAUGGCUUCCAUGUUUAUCAUUCUUCUAUUCUGCUAUGUAUUUUGUGCUGUGGAAGGAGCCGAACAGGAAAUUCCUGGCAAGAUAAAUCUGGGUUCUUCACUCUUUCCUACUUCUCAGCCAACAUCAUGGUUCUCUCCUUCUGGUCGAUUUGCAUUUGGAUUCUAUCAGCAAGGCUCUGGUUUUGCUGUUGGAAUAUGGCUGGUUGGGAAAAGCAACAGAACAGUUGUGUGGACUGCAAAUCGCAAUGAUCCGCCUGUAUCAGCAAGUUCAACAAUCUCCUUGACAGAAGAGGGUAAGCUUCUUUACAAAAUCGGCCAAGGAGGGGAGAAACUUAUUGCAAAUAAUACAGAAGCUGCUUCUUUUGCUUCUCUACAAGAUUCUGGCAAUUUGGUCCUCUACAACGCGAAAUCUGAGAUCAUUUGGGAGAGUUUUAAGUAUCCUACAGAUACCAUUUUAGGAGGUCAGACUCUCUUUUCUGGGGCUCAACUGGUAAGUUCAUCAGAAACCAGCCACACCGGACGGUUUCACCUCAAGAUGCAGGAAGAUGGGAACCUUGUUUUAUACCCACUGAAUACUGGGGACACACCAGGUGAUGCUUACUGGCGCUCCAGCACUUUAGGGCAUGAGUUCAAGUUUUAUCUUUAUCUAAAUAGCUCCGGCCGCCUGCUAAUUGUCAAUGGUACCAGUUCAAAAAUCAUCAGCACAGUAUAUGGUAACUCAUUAUCGGCAAACGACGAUAACAGCACAAUUUACCGUGCAACUCUAGACAUUGAUGGUGUUUUACGCCUGUAUUCUCAUAGAUACGACGAGAGUGGUGAACUCAAAGCAACAACCGAGUGGGAAGCACUUAAAAGUCCUUGUGAAGUGAAAAGCUUUUGUGGGUUCAAUAGUUAUUGCACAUAUAAUGACGACCAGCCAGUGUGUCUUUGUCUUCCUGGUUCUGAUUUCAUCGACCCCAAUCACAGGAAUCUUGGAUGCACUAGAAAUUAUACAGAAGCAGCGUGUAAAGGUGGGAAACAAAAUCCACUCCAUUUUAACAUCACCACCAUGGAAAAUAUCAACUGGGGAGACAUUCCUUAUGUUCAACAAUACAUGUCUAUAGAAGAAUGCAGAAAUUCUUGUUUGGAAGACUGCAACUGCGGGGCAGCACUUUUCUCUGAAAACACUUGCAAGAAACAACGACUUCCACUGAGAUCCAUAAGAUACAAAAGGCUAGUGGAACAUGGGGAGGAUGGCUUGACUGAGGAGCUUAAACUGCGAUUGUUUUCAUACGACGAGCUUAAAGCAGCAACAAAUGGUUUCAGAGAAGAGCUGGGAAAAGGUUCAUUUGGAGCAGUGUACAAAGGGACUUUAUACAAACGGAAAAAGCUUGUAGCAGUGAAGAGGCUAGAGAAGUUAGUGGAAGAAGGUGAAAGGGAGUUCCAGGCAGAGAUGCGAGCAAUAGGAAGAACUCAUCACAAGAACUUAGUUCGAUUGUUGGGAUACUGCGCUGUGGAUUCAAAAAGACUUCUUGUUUAUGAAUAUAUGAGCAAUGGCUCCCUUGCCAAUCUAGUGUUCAACUCUUCAGGGAGGCCGAGUUGGAAUCAGAGAAUAAAAAUUGCAAUUGAUGUUGCAAAAGGGAUCCAUUAUCUACAUGAAGAGUGUGAGACUCCCAUCAUUCAUUGCGACAUAAAACCACAGAACAUAUUGAUGGAUGAAUUCUGGACUGCUAAGAUUGCUGAUUUUGGGUUGGCAAAAUUGCUGAUGCCAGAUCAAACAAGAACCUUCACAGUUGUGAGAGGAACAAGGGGGUAUUUAGCACCAGAAUGGCAUAAGAAUACACCAAUUUCAGUUAAGGCAGACAUCUACAGUUAUGGAAUUGUGCUUUUGGAAAUUGUUUGCUGCAGAAAGAAUAUGGAGCUUAACACAUUGAAACCAGAAGAGAUUGUUUUGUCCACAUGGGUUUACAAUUGUUUUGUUGCAGGAGAGUUGGAGAAGCUUGUAAUUGGGGAAGAAGCUGACAAGAAGAUCUUGGAGAAAAUGGUGAUGGUGGCAAUGUGGUGUAUUCAGGAUGAACCAGCUCUUCGUCCUUCAAUGAAGAGUGUGGUUUUGAUGUUAGAAGGGAUCACUGAUGUAUCAGUUCCUCCAUGUCCAACUGCUCCCUCCAUGGAAUUCAACUCUUUGCUCUAAAAUUGGUAUAUAUUUUAUGAAAUAAUGAUUAGGAUGUGAUACUAUAAAUUCAAUUAUGAAAAAUAAAUUUGGUAGUUUUUAAAUUAAA